AUGGCAGAGGAUCUGGAUACGGACCGUAUCAAGGACUGGCGCUCAAUUAUUACAUUGAUUGUCUUUGUGCUCGCUAACAUCGUCGUCCUCUUUCCAUUCCAUGUUCCCGUUUACAUCCCUCGUACAUUUGCCAACGCUAUCCUUCGUGCGCUCUCCGCCCUGAGAGUGAUAGAACCGCGAGAACAUGAUCGCAAAAGCGGCCGUUUCGUACGCUUCGAUUUUCCCUUCAACUUCGUGACAGCGCCGUUGAUCGCGGAUUUAUUCCUGCUGGCGAUAUUAGCGAUUGGGCGGAAGGAGGUACACGAUGGGACAAUUGAAGCGGACAACAUCUCUCCGAUUGACAUAAUGGUCUUUUUCCUCACCCUCGCGUACAUUGCCAUCUCCAUCGAUGCCUCGGGGCUCAUCCGCUACCUGGCCUUCAAGGUAUUACAAAAGGGUGGCAAGGUUGGACAUCGGCUGUUUUUCUACCUCUAUGCCUUCUUCUUCCUCCUUGGAAGCUUCAUCGGCAACGACCCCAUUAUUCUUUCGGGGACUGCCUUUUUGGCGUACAUGACUCGCGUUUCCAGCAACAUAGUCCACCCCCGAGCGUGGAUCUAUACCCAGUUUGCUGUCGCUAAUAUCGCAUCUGCCAUACUCGUCACUUCGAACCCGACAAAUCUCGUUCUUACCAGCGCUUUUCAGAUCAAGUUUAUAGACUACACAGCGAACAUGAUUGUCCCUGUUGUCAUUACCGCCAUUGUCCUCUUUCCAUUCUUACUAUACAUCAUAUUUGCCGACGAAUCGUUGGUCCCGUUGUCGAUCGAGAUGCAUGAGCUACCGGACGAAGUGAAGGCCAAGGCCCCAGUUAAUCCUAAUAUUCCGAAUGCGCGCGGCAGUGCAGAGGAAGAGGAGCAAGAGGCAGCAAAUAACGGGGAUGAGGAUAAGAUGCUGUCACUGGAGGAGAUUCUUAAUCCAUUUCUAGACAAAAGAGGAGCAGCAUUUGGCGCCGUCAUCAUGGCUGCCACACUAAUCACCGUCCUGGCUCUCAACGCAGCCAGUCAAGGUCAUACGCAUCCUGUUUUCUGGGUUACUUUGCCGGCUGCAUUUGUCCUUUUCUGCUGGGACGUUGCGUAUGGGUGGCAUCAUCGUCACGAGACACGGGAAAUUGCGCGCAAGGGUCGAGAAGACGUGGAACGCACGCGCGCCGAGCGGGCCAUGCGUGACGAGGAGAUGGCCAGGGGUAGUUUGCAACCGGAGCCGACGGGGGCUGUGGUCAUUCCGAUCCCUGAUCUGCCAGACCAUUCUGACCUUGAGACUCAUCCAUCCGCGGCAGCGGCCUCCGCUCAGCCAUCACCGAACGGAAUGUUUGCUUUGGAGGAGAAGCGGGGGUUGGGCCUUUCCAAUGUCAGUUCCCUAUCGCCCAGCCCAGCAACCCUGAUUCACCCAAAACAAACAUUAACGGUGCAACCCUCUCAGCCUCCAAAAGAGCCGAAGCCCACCAGGGCGACACUGGAGUCAUCGGCGAUUGCUACCUAUCGAUGGCUGCAAGAGACCUUUCCCACAGUGACUGCCGUGAUAUCGCAUAUGCCUUUCCCUCUCGUUCCCUUCGCUUUCGCCAUGUUCAUUCUCGUUCAAGCUUUAGCCACCAAAGGGUGGAUCGAGGUCUUCGCCUACGGAUGGGAUCACUGGGUAAACCGCACCGGCACAAUCGGAGCCAUCGGUGGAAUGGGCUUCCUCUCCGUUAUCCUUUGCAAUUUCGCCGGCACAAACAUCGGCACAACAAUCCUCCUCUCCCGCGUAAUCCAGACAUGGCAAGGCAUCCACCGCGCCAACGGCACCCCCAUCACCGACCGCACCUUCUGGGCUACGGUCUACAGUAUGGCGCUGGGCGUCAACUACGGCGCUUUCAGCACGGCCUUCAGCGCUUCCCUCGCCGGCCUGCUAUGGCGCGAUAUCCUUGCCCGCAAGCAUAUCCGUGUCCGCAGUCUGGAUUUUGCUAUGGUUAAUUUGCCAAUCAUUGCGAUUUCGAUGGCUGUUGGGUGUGCGGUGCUUGUGGGAGAGGUUUAUAUUAUGCGUGACACUACUCCGUAUGAUUCAUGA